AUGGCCAAAUCCCGUCUAUUCAAACCCAUGAAGAUUGGCAAUAUCGAAAUCAAGCAUCGUAUUGUGAUGCCUGGUGUUAGUAGGAUGCGGGCCACCGACGAUCAUGUGCCGACGGACAUGGUGCUGGAAUACUAUUCCCAAAGAGCUGCGGUGCCCGGUACCCUCAUCAUCACAGAGGCCAACCUCCUGUCUCCUGAGCAUAGCGGUUAUACAAAUGCCCCCGGGAUCUGGAGGCCCGAACAGAUUGCCGCCUGGAGGAAAAUCACAGACGAGAUACACCGCAAAGGCAGCUUCAUGUUUCUUCAAGUUAUGGGCAUGGGCCGCAUGGCUGAUCCUUCCGAAGCCAAGAAGGAGGGUUUCACUAUCGUUGGAGCCAGUGCCAUUCCAUGGAUGGAAGGCGCUGCUGUCCCCAAGGCCAUGACCGUCGAAGACAUCAAGCGAACAGUCCACCAGUUUGGUCAAGCGGCGAAGAAUGCCAUCGAAGCAGGAUUUGAUGGCAUCGAGCUGCUAGCCGGCAACGGAAUGCUCGUUGAACAGUUCCUCCAGGAUGUCACAAACUACCGGGAUGAUGAAUAUGGCGGCAGCAUCGAAAACAGAUCUCGAUUCGCGGUUGAGGUCCUCCAAGCCAUGGUGGACGCUGUCGGCCCUGAACGAGUCUCUGUCCGCCUCAGCCCCUGGAGCAAGUACCUCAACAUGGGCAUAGAAGACCCGAUCCCGCAAUACUCCGACUUGGUGAGAAAAGCUAACCAACUGGACCUCGCCUACCUGCAUGUGAUCGAAUCGCGCAUCAAAGGCGGUGACGACGUCGUCAGCUCGGACAAACUCGACUUUGCCUAUCGGCUGUGGAACGGCCCCGUGCUCGUCGCCGGUGGAUACAACGGUGAUUUGGCGCGCAGGCUGGUGGACAAAGAGUACCCAGACCGGGAUUUCGCCGUCUGCUUUGGACGCCAUUUCAUUGCGAAUCCGGACUUGGUGUUCAGGGUCAAGGAAAAUUUACCCUUGAAUGCGUAUGAUAGGAACUACUUCUACACACUCAAGGAACCGAAGGGGUAUAUUGAUUAUCCCUUCAGUGAGGAGUAUUUGGCUACAGUAAAGGCAUAA